AUGGUUGUGGAAAGAGUAGAAGUUGUAAUACCUACAAAACAACUCAACCUCUCUAACCACCUGCUAGCCGGAAGGCAUAUCAAAGAUGAUGAGUCAGUUGAUUGUAAUGACCAAGGGGUUGAAUAUUUGGAUGCCAAAGUGGACAUCCAACUCAAUCAACUUCUAAGCAGAAGAAGAGAUGCAAUAGAGCAGAUGAAUUCCCUCAUUCAGUUUGAUUUUGGUGUGGUUGGAUCAGUCACAAGUCCGCUAGUAGUAAUUCAGACUACCUUAUUUGAAUGUGGAGGAUUAGUCAUUGGUAUAUGCAUCUGCCACACCAUUGCCGAUGGAUUCACUAUGGUUAAAUUCAUUACUUCUUGGGCAACUGCAAGCCAAGUAGGGACAAAAGAACUACUUUUGCCAUGUUUCAACUUGGCUUCUCUCUUCUCAACAAAAGUUUUACCCAUGAUCAAGCCCCCGCCUCCACCAAGAGUCUUUGGACUUGAUAAGGUUGUCACAAGGCAAUUCGUGUUCGAUGGGGCUGAAAUAUCAAUCCUGAAAGCCAAAUCCAGUCCUGGGUCUUGUGAUGUAGGAGUCAAGCCAAAACCUUCACGAGUUGAGAUAGUGACAACAACAAUCAUAUGGAAAGCUCUCAUCCGGGUAAGUGAAGCAAAAUAUGGACGGUUGAGGACUUCUCUUGCAGUUCAUUCUAUGAACUUGCGUGCCAAAAUUGUUCCUGCAGUACAACACAAUUAUUGUGGAUACCUCUACAGAUUGGUUGCAGCAAGAUUUAUGGGGGACAGGAGCAAAAUGGAGUUGCCUGAUUUGGUGGUUUUACUGAGGGAUGCAAUCUAUGUGAAUGCACUAUGUUGCGAGAAUGUGUUCCCCACUGUUGUAAAAUCCUUCAAUAAGGUAAACGAGGAAUCGAAGAAAGAGUAUGUAGAUGUCCACAUGUUUACUAGCUGGUGUAGAUUCCCAACUUACGAAGCUGAUUUUGGUUGGGAAAAGCCCACUUAG